GAGCCGGAGAUGCCAGAACAGACGAAGAAGAGCGAGGACAGGAAGUGAAGAUGUAAACAAAACAGAAUUUUCCCUUAUCUGGAUCAAACAGAACCACGGUCCUGCUUGAGUUGGAUCAGCUGGAUCCCAACAGAACAGUCGUCCUGUAGCUGGGUCAGCCGGGCCAUCUGUUUGGACUCGGUUCCGACGCCGAUUCCCGGUCUUUGUUUUGUUUUGGAACGAAAUGGAAGAUAACAAGAUGGUGGCUGGAAAAGUGAAGAAGCCUGGAAAACGAGGCCGCAAGCCGGCCAAGAUCGACCUGAAGGCCAAGCUGGAGCGGAGCCGGCAGAGCGCCAGAGAGUGCCGGGCCCGGAAGAAGCUGCGGUACCAGUACCUGGAGGAGCUGGUGUCCAGUAAGGAGAGAGCCAUCUGCGCGCUGCGCGAGGAGCUGGAGAUGUACAAGCAGUGGUGCUCGGCCAUGGAUCAGGGAAAGAUCCCGUCGGAGAUCAAGGCUCUGCUGACCGGAGACGAACAGAAGAUUCCUCAGAGCAGCGGCGGAACCAAGGCCUCCAAGAACCCGAAGAACAGCAGCAGCGGCGGCACCGCUCAGAGUUAGAACCACGGCGCCGCUCGUCCUCCACCUUCAUUUCAGCCCAAAACUAUCUGUGAACGUCAGCACCUCUGUGACCCGGUUACCCCCACAUACCACCUGGUACCAGCUGGUACCACCUGGUACCUGCUGGUACCCCCACAUGAAACAUUUGUUCCUUCAGCCGGGAAACCAUGAGAACGUUGAUGGUUCUGUUUCCACUGAUCUCAGCUCACAUUGGUCUGUGUUGUCUAAAUAUCGCUGACAGCCAAUCUGAUCUUGUGUCUGCUUCCUGCGCUCUCACCUGCACAGGUGACACUCGGAGCAGCUUACCUGCCGUCUCAUGACGCUGUGACGGCUUCCAGCUGCUCAGACGAGGACGUUUGGUUUUCAUCGUCUUGCUAAAUGUCAGAGUUUCUGUUUUAGCGUCAUAGAUGCGAGGUUUCUGGUGGUUCUGGGUCUCUGGAUCAAAUAGAAAUGUUUUACCAGAUUCUGGACCAACCUGUUCUCAAUCUGCUGCGCCCAAAUUAAAUAAAAACUAGUUUUCUUUCCUUCAGGAUCAGCUGGUUCUGGAUCAUGGUUCAGAAACAGCGGGUUCUGUAUUGUUAGAAUUUCCAGUUCUGGGUUAGCUGGUUAUGGAUCAAUGCACUCUAGACCAGCUAAAGACUUGGAUCAGUGGUUCUGGAUCAGCCAGUCUGAAUUUAGCGGGUCGGAGAUUAGUUGGAUCAGGAUCAAAGGAAAUGUUUGAGACAGCUAAAGAUCAGCCUGUUCUAGAUAAGCUGGUUCUGGAUCCGGUCUUACUAGAUAAGCUGGUUCUGGAUCAGAUUGGGAUGAACGGACAUUAUUUUAGACCCAAAUAAACUUUGUCUGCUUCAGUUCAGUGAGUCCUGAACCAUUUAGUCUUAGAUCCGCUGGAUCUGGAUCAACUGAUCCUGAAUCAGAUCCGAAUCAAAUUAAGAUUUAUUCUCCAGAUGGUUCUAGACCAGCUGGUUUUUUCCUAGCUGGUCCUGAAUCAGCUGGCUCAGUACCAGCCUGCUCUGGAUUAAUCCAGUGUUGGAUCAGCCGGUUCUGGACCCUGUGGAUUUGUUUUUGGUGUGUUCUGUUUCCUUUGAGGUUCCUGAACCAGGUUCUGCUGAUGUAAUCCUCCUGAAUGUCGUCUUUCUUCCUCGUAGCAGAAGCACUUUGUGAAAUCUGAAGAAUAUUUGUAGCUUUUACAAAACUUUAGUUUGUCAAAGCAAAUAAAACCGAUUAUUCAUUCUGA